AUGUCUCAGAUCAUGUCUCUCAAAGAUUACUUCAACAAUAAUCAUAAUCGAACUCCUCUUCCUCAUCAUCGUACACUCAACCUCGAUAAUGUAGAUUUAGGUAAUCGAGGAGCAAUAACUGAGAUUACUAAUCAUCAGCAGAAGCCAAAAAUAGUGGGGAAGAUAAUGAACUUCUCUUGUAACUAUUGUCACAGGAAAUAUCAUAGUGCACAAGCACUAGGAGGACAUCAAAAUGCUCAUAAACGGGAACGUACAGUUACACUAGCUGCACUUGCAGCUUAUAGUUACUAUAAAGCAAGUCGCGGCAGCAACAACCUAAAGCAUCACCAAGCAUUCUUAUCAUCAACUAAGAGCUCAUUAUCAUCUUCAUUGUCGUCACCUCAUCAUACUCGUAGUGGUGACUUCAUCAAGAAAUCAUCGUUGGGUAUUCAAGUUCGAUCCAUGAUACAAAAACCAGCACCUUAUUCUUUAUCAUCAUGGGCUUCUCGAUGCUCUUCUCUUUUGUAUGCGAAUGAUAAUAAACACAACGAUUUGCACAAAUAUACAUCUGAUUCUAACCUGGCAGCUGGCCGGCCAUCAGACGUUAGCGAAUGCUCGGUCGUAAGCACAACUGCUGUAGUGCCGUCAGAUGAGGGAGUAUCUGAGCUUGAUUUAUCACUUAAGCUUUGA